UGUCAAAAUGUGUAACGUCAAAUGUUUUCGGGAUUGGUUUUCGUCAUAUUUACAUUAAUAACGACGCAGAUACUACUCCAAAAAUGCUCUGCAGUGAAGCAGCAUGGGAAAUACACCAGGGACCUCCAAGAAUAUAACUUGGUGGUUCCCCACCGCCUCACAGAGAACGGUGAUUUCUUGAGUUUUAAACUUCCACAUUACUACGAACAUGAAUCGGUUAGAAAAACUAAGAGAUCUGCAGCAGAUGAAGAAGCGCAUUACGGAAUCAAAUUAGCCGACAAGUAUUAUCAACUUAGUUUGACACCAAACCAUGGUUUUAUUUCACCUGACGCCAUAUCCGAAAUCAGAGAAGCGAAUGUUCCGAUCAAAGAUCGAGUUAUCAACAAAGUGUUGAGGAAACGUAUGUGCCAUUUCACCGGUUCCGUUAAAGGAUUCAAAAACUCAAGGGUGGCAUUAUCAGCAUGCAACGGUUUGGCUGGUUACAUCACGAUCGACGACGAAACGUACUUCAUCGAACCUUUACACGAACACCAGGCGAAUAAAUUAGGCCAACAUCUUCACAUCAUCUACAAAAGAGAUAUAACAAAUCCUUACGAGCACGACGAAAGGUGCGGUUUAGCUAAGAGUUGGGAAGCCGAUUGGAAAAGAACUCUUAAGAACAAAUACGCAAGAGACCAUCGCUUGUCGAUCACCAAAAGAGGCUUGACAAGUGUACAACGAUACUUAGAGUUACUAAUAGUGGUCGACAAGAAAUUCAUCAAGUAUCACAAAUUUCACGAUAUCGAAACCUACAUCCUGACCAUAAUGAACAUGGUGGCAGAUUUUUACAGGGACCCAUCGAACGGUAACGCCAUGGAAAUCGUAGUUGUUCGCGUGAUGUACUUGGAGAAACAAGAAGAUGAAAUCGACUUAAUGAUAGUAGACAACGCCGACGACACCCUCCUGAGCUUUUGCAAGUGGCAGAUGCGGGUCAAUCCGAAAGACCUGAAGAACCCAAACCACCAUGACAUUGCCGUUCUUCUGACUCGUCACGACUUGUGCGGUGACAACGGUACCAAAUGCGGCUUAGAAGGUUUAGCCUACGUGGGAACUCCUUGCACUCCAGACGAACCUUGUUGCAUCAACGAGGACAGUGGACUAAUCUUAGCCAUCGUGCUCACCCAUGAACUGGGACACGUGAUGGGUUGCUCGCACGAUUCUCCAGAUGAUUCAGGCUGUGAAUCUAAAGACCCCAAAGACGGAUCCAAUUACGUGAUGGCCCCAUUCGUUGAUUUAUACACUAUUAGAUGGUCCACUUGCAGUAAAGCCUUCAUGACAACCCUAUUCGAGAGCGAUCUAGGGGAGUGUUUGAAUGACGAACCCCAACAGUCGCUCUACAAACAGACGAAGAUCCUGCCGGGUGUUGUUUAUGACGCUCAGUCUCAGUGCGAGAUGAUGUAUCCAGGUUCCAAGUAUGAGGUGUACGAACCGGAGAACUUCUGCGACCUGGUUUACUGCAAGACGACCCCAACAGUAAUACAAAGCACUGGCCACCCUUACGUGGACGGAACCAAAUGUGGUGAGAAUAAAUGGUGUUUCCAUAUGAAGUGCAUCGAAGUCGGUGAGAGACCCGAGGCUGUCAACGGAGGUUGGAGCAAAUGGAGUACUCCUACAGAGUGUUCUAGGACUUGCGGUGGUGGUACACAGACGUCUUCAAGAGAAUGUGACAAUCCAACACCCGCCAACGGUGGGAGAUACUGCCUAGGUGAUAGAAAGAAGGUAACUACGUGCAACAUGCAGCCUUGUCCUCAAGGCAGCACCCCAUUUCGAGAAGUUCAGUGCACUAAACACAACACUAUCCCUUUAAGUGGUAAAUUGCACACGUGGAAGCCCUACUUGAAGAGAGACGAGCCCUGUGUCCUCUAUUGUCUGAACGAAGAGAACGUUUUCCACAGAUUGGAACCACGAACUAUAGACGGAACUCCUUGCAAACCGGCCACGAAAUAUAUGUGCAUAGCGGGCGCCUGUACCAAAGUAGGUUGCGACGGCGUCAUCAAUUCGGAUGCUACAGAAGAUGUAUGUGGUACUUGCAAUGGGGAUGGCACACAGUGUAAACUAGUUGAGCACAUAUUCACCAAUACAGGACGAGGUUAUACAAAGGCAGCGACGAUACCUGCAGGAGUAAAAAACGUUUUCGUCGAGGAACUCAAACCGUCGGCCAACAUAAUCGCCCUGACCGACAAGACAGGAAACAACUUCUUCCUCAAUGGCAACUAUCAGGAAUCUCCAGACAUCGAAUUUCUCAUAGGAAAAGUCGAAGGUGUCUACAGACAUGCCGAAGAGAAUCAAGAGCUUCUGGUCAUCAAAGGACCUACCGAUCAAGACCUCGACCUAAUGGUGUGCUUCUUCGAAGCGAACAACGUCGGUUACAAGUUCCGCUACGCAGAACCAGUAGCAGAGUCUGAAUACCUACCGAAGUACCAUUGGGAGAUACUAAACUUCGGUGAUUGUACGGCGAAAUGUGGGGGUGGUAUUCAACAGGCGGAAAUGUCGUGUUCUGAAGAGAAAAGUGGCAAAGUAAGCCCGUCGUUCUGCCAGGACUUAGAAAAACCUGAAUCCAGCGUCAAAAAGUGCAACGAACAACCGUGCAAGACUAAGUGGAGAGUUGGAAAAUGGGGACCGUGUCAUGCUUGCAAAUUUAAAUCUGGGGUACGUCUGCGAGAGGUCGAAUGCGUAAGACAGUCGCCUCAUCCGGGUACAGAAGACAUCUUGGUGGAGGAUGGAGAAUGCAAAGGACCUAGACCGGCCACAAGAGAACUCUGCAACGCGCCUAAAAAGUGCAAAGUAAGGAGCGUUCAAUAUGGUCUUCCUGACUCAGAAAUGCUCGACGUAUGGCAACAAAUACACUCCGUCAAAAAAAAGAAAAGAAAACGCUCAGAAGACGUGUGCCAACCAGAGAAAAAGGUCAAAAUCAACGUGGGUUCCAUCGUUAAAGACCACGUCAACCCUGAUAGCAUCAAAGUAGAUGUGAUCCCUUUGAAACCAACAUCUAUGACAAUAAAUAUGUCCGAUAGUGCGUUUGAGACCAUGGGAGAUAUUGUUGGAGAUACAAAGGACGAGAAGAAAAUCAAACAUCUACAGGGCAAAGCUGCGGCUGAUGAGAUUAUUCGUUUAGAACAUAAAAAUAAUACGGCGAAUUGAUGCUUAUAUCUUAUUUGUAAAUAUGAUUCUAUCAAUUUAGUUGUUUAUGGUGGAAAGGUUAUUUUAUAGAUAUAUUAUAUUUUAGGUUUCAAUAUGGAAAGAUGAAAUGAAGUUACAUGUGAGAUUUCAAUAGUAAAAAAGUUAGAUACCA